UCUGAUCACCAGAUUUAUGUAUGACAGUUUUGACAAUACUUACCAGGCGACCAUUGGGAUUGAUUUCCUGUCAAAAACAAUGUAUCUGGAGGAUCGCACGAUUAGGCUGCAGCUGUGGGAUACAGCCGGCCAGGAGAGGUUCCGCAGCCUCAUUCCCAGCUACAUCCGUGACUCUGCUGUGGCUGUCAUUGUCUUUGACAUUACAAGUUCGGCUGCAGCUCUGGGACACAGCAGGCCAGGAGCGGUUCCGCAGUCUCAUUCCCAGCUACAUCCGCGACUCCACCAUCGCCGUGGUAGUCUAUGACAUUACAAACUUGAAUUCUUUCCAGCAAACCUCCAAGUGGAUUGAUGAUGUCCGGACAGAGCGAGGAAGUGAUGUCAUCAUCAUGUUGGUGGGGAACAAAACUGACUUGGCGGACAAGAGGCAAAUCACUACAGAAGAAGGUGAGCAGAGAGCCAAAGAGCUGAAUGUGAUGUUUAUUGAGACCAGUGCAAAGACUGGCUACAACGUGAAACAGCUUUUCCGUCGUGUGGCUGCUGCCUUACCUGGGAUGGACAGCACACCAGAGAAGAGCAAAGAAGACAUGAUUGACAUCAAACUAGAGAAGCCUCCUGAGCAGCCAGUCACGGAGAGCGGGUGCUCCUGCUAACAGGCGCCUUCCCUAGCAGCGCCUUCCCCGGCCGGCCGCUCUCACUGAAGAACAUCACUGCUCAUUGGCUAGGCAACCCUACUCUGGGGGCUGAAACUAGUCUGCUCAGCAAGUGAACUCCCUGUUUACUGGUGGGGAGCAGCCCCGGCCGCCCCUCUUACUGCAUGGUAUGAGCCCCGAGUGCAGAAUGAGUGUCCUGUCUUUCAUUUUAUUUUUUUAUGUUGUUGCACUUUGGCACCGUGGUGCCCUUUACACUCUUCUCUCUCUUCCUCUCCUUCUCUCCUCCUCUUCCCCAUGUUGAGCCUCAGAUGUAUCUUGUGAAUGCAAUGGAAAAGCCACCAAGAUAGGGAAGACAAAAAUAAAAGCUUGGGGGUGGGCUUUCCACCUUCCUUACUGCCUUGCAUCUUAACUAGCUCCCUGUCCACUCCAGCCCUGUCUUUGUCCUGCAUCCCCACUUCCUCUGUUGAAAGGCUGCUCCUCUUAAACCAGUCAGUUUGACUUGGCCUUGCCUUUUUGGACAGUACAGGUUCUCUCUUUCUAGGCUUUUGCUUCCUGCAGGGCACACACAAUAUUAGCUCCUUGGUUUCUCCUUUCUGUGGAUGAUCUUGGCCAACUCUUGCUCAUGACUUCUGAGUUUUGCCCCUGGUGUCACACUCAGCGCUGGAAACCCCCAAACUGGGAUAGCUUUGGCCUUGUUGCUCCCAUUUGUGUAGCAGAGAUACACCACAGGCUGCACUCCUUGGCUGGAGUAUCUUCCUGUCUAGAGGACAUUGGAGCUCAGCAAGUGUUGGCUGUGAGAUGUGGGGAAGGAAGAGGGUGCAGAGGCUUUGCAGCGUGAGGCUGGCUGGGGAGAGAUCCUCAGGGUGGUUUGUAGAGGCCUGGGUCCUGUCUAUCAACAGCAUAAGCAAACAGUAUCCUGAAGUCCAUUGCUACAAGGGUAAUACCUGGCCUGGGGGUCACAGGAGCUGCUCAGGCUCCUUUCCUAGUCUCUGUUCUGUUCUUCAUCACAUCAGUGAGGAGCAGGAGAGCUACAGCAGAUGUGGAAGGCCACUGAUAGCUGUUCUUCUUUCAUACUUAUGUUGCUGCUUGAUGACAUCAUAUAUAGCUGCAUCUGCCUUUGUAGAUGACUUCUGAGGAUAGGGACUAGUAGCCACUUCUGGGGUAAUUUUAAGAUGCAACAUUGCCAAAGCUGAGCUCAGCAGCCGCAGGGAUUCUUCAUCACACCUGGCUAGAGGAUUCUAUGCUGCUUAAGUGAAUUUUGGUGUUUCUCCACUUUGGAGGUUGGGAAAUCCAUCUUCUUCAUCCUGCCCCUGGUUUCUAAUUAGGUUAUUGGAGCUUUUCAGAGUCAUUCACUGGGGGCUUUUCAUCUCUCUGUCCUAACCAGAAGUCUGUAGGUUUGCUCACAGUGAGGAGAACAACAGUCGGAUGGCUCCAAGCCAUUCACCAUUCUUUUUUUCAUCACCCAGGCUACGUCAUGCUGAUAAGGGGGGUGCCAGCAGGCAGGAAAGUGGCUGACUGCAGUGUGACAGGUGGGGACAAGGGGAUUUGGUGGCUAGUGACACCUCUACCAGGAUGACACAGCCUGUAGGCCAUGGAGGGAGGGGAAGGGGGGACCUGGAGCUGGUAGUCCCCACGUUGGCUGGUAGUCCCCAGUGACCGAGCGGCUGUUCCCUUGUCCCUUCCCCUCUGGGUGAGCUGCAGGAGGAAGCUGGGAUGUGGUCCCCCCUCCACUCUGGAGUGUGUCCCCCCUUGCCAGGGUCCCAGUGCCGUGGGGACUCGGCCGCCCUGCCCUGUACAUAGCCCUGUGGUGUGGGAGUCGCU